CACAAAUGAAACCUCAUUUUAGGGUAAUAUAAGUAGUUCCAAUAUAUGUUUUUAAUGGUUCUGGAAUUUGUUAACUUCAUUUUUUCUCUUGUAUAUCAUUUGUUUUUAGCCUGUAAAGAUUAUAUACCAAAUUAUGAAUAUGUUCUAUGGAUGUAUAAUUGGGUUAUUUGUACAAAUUUAGGACCAAAACCUAAAAGUGAUAUUGAUGGAAUAUGCCCUAAAAUUUGUCGUCCACGUGUAGAUAUAAUAAAAAAUGAUUUUAUUCAACAAAUUAUCAAUUUAACUUUUAAACCAAUUCAUAUUGUCAAUCCAUUUGAUGUUUGUUCACAAUUACUUCAUACAAUAUCUGGUUCAUGUUUAGUGCAUGGAAAUGGUGUCUAUGUAAAUGAGUUCUCGUGUCAAUGUAAAUCAAAUGCAUAUCAUUGGCAAACUAUCAAUUCAUUAACUGGUUGUUUAUUAAUACCAGAAAUUAUAAAAAAUCAAUACAAAAAUGUAUCCAUGGCAACAUGGUUUAUUGAAUGUACCAAUGAAAUGUAUCCAUUUUGUCAAUAUGGUACAAAAAAAUGUUAUCAACGUUUACGUUUAAUUCAAUUUAAUCCCAAUAUCGAUAGUGCUAAUCAUAAUCAUAAUAAUAAUGAAUUAACCUUAAUCUCCGAUGUUGAUAUCUCAUUAUGGCCAUAUUGUUUAUGUUAUAAAAAUUUUACUGGUAUUGAUUGUUCUAUACCAUUUAAUUCAUGUCAACAUCUUAUAUCGAAUGUUUUAUUGAAAUCACAAGUACUAUUACAUAAUCAAUUAGUUUAUGAUCAUGAUAUUGAUCGUCCAUUAAUAUCACUUAAUAAUGAUGGUGGUGAUAGUCAUAGGGAUUAUCUUAAAUCUGCUACUGGUAAUUGGUUAUGUGGUGUUCCAUUUGGUUAUGGUACAUGUCAUUCUUCUUCUUCUGGCUUACAAUAUUAUUGUCAAUGUAAUAUUGGUUAUGAAAAAGAUGUAAAUUACAGUGAUAUGGAUAAUUGUUGGAAACAAUCUGAACAAAUAAACAACAAUGAAACUAUUUACAAAUGUGGUCAAAAUAUCUGUUUAAAUGGUGGACAAUGUAUUUAUGUAACUAAAGGACUUGUCACUUAUAUUGAUCAAUAUAAUAAUGAGAUUACUAUCACUAAUGAUACUAAUCAUAUAUAUAAUCAAGUGCCAAUAUGUCAAUGUCAACCAGGUUAUACUGGUUUCUAUUGUGAAUUAACAGAAGGUAUAUGGAGUGAAUGGAAUUCAUGGAGUGAUUGUCUACCUAAAUGUGGUAUAAAACGUUAUCGUUCACGUUUACGUUUAUGUCAUGGAGAUGUUGGUUGUAUUGGAUCCAAUCAAGAAAUUCAAAAAUGUCCAUCAAAGAAAUGUAUCACAGUAUCAUUGAAUAAAUCUAAUGAUAAAUCAAUUCAAAGGAAAACAUUGACAUUAAAUUAUUAUUUAAUAUGGUUUCUAGGAUGUUUAAUACCUAUAGAGAUAGUCAUUAUUAUUUUAGGUGUGAUUAUAUAUGAAAAGUUUCUACUUAAAACAUCGUCAUCGUCAUCAACAUCAUCAUUAUCGUCACCAUCGUCAUUUUCGUCUCCACCUUCCUCAUCGUCAUCGUCAUCAUCAUCAUCAUCGACUUCAUCGUAAUCGUAAACUUCAUUGUAAUUCACUUACUUAUAUCUUGUCAUCUUCCAUUCUUGUUGUUAUAAGUAAAAGAAAAAAUACACAAAUGAUUUAAUAAUGUUACAGUGCACAUGAG